CACUUGCAUUCCUAAUUUGUUUAUAAAAAAUGCUGAAGUCAAAUCGGGAAUUGCAAAAGGAACAGGUCAGACUGUAUGACAUUGAAAAGAAACUGGUUAAUGUACUGCCCAUUGUGAAGGAAGCUCUUAAUUCGCUUAAAGUCGAGGAGUUGCAUUUGAAAUCGUUGGCGCUGCAAGGCAUAAUGGAGAAAGAUACAUUGGCCCAGACGAAGCCAUCCACUAUUGACAUAGGCUGCUCCAAUGAACUUAUAAAUAAACAGAAAAUGGAUUUGGAUGUGGACAGUUGGGCAAAACUACAACUUGAUGAAUUCGAGGACGAAUCGGAUUAGCAAUUAUUUUUUAAUAUAAUUUCAUGAAAAGUUAAAGGUGUAGGUUAACACAUAUACAAACUGUAAGAUAUUUGUAAUCCGAAGCAGACAUGAACUAAACUACUAAAGCUAAUUAUGUGUAUGCACUAA